AAAUCAAUUUCUCUCUCUAUCUCUCUUCGAUCUGCUUUGCUGUUGGGGCCAACCGCUCCUGCAAUUCCCGUUUGCGAUUGGAGUGGAGGCCAUUCUUGCAACGUGAGUUCAUUAGAUCCAAAAUUGUUCAGAAAAGAGGUUAAGGAGGAUGAAGAAAACCGAACGAAUUGCGAAUUUGGCUUUGACAGGUUUAUCCUUAGCACCGCUUGUUGUGAAAGUAGAUCCGAAUUUAAAUGUUAUUUUGACUGCUUGUCUCACCGUGUUCGUGGGAUGUUACCGCUCUGUCAAACCAACACCACCAACUGAGACAAUGUCGAAUGAACAUGCCAUGCGUUUCCCCUUUGUUGGGAGUGCGAUGUUAUUGUCACUGUUCUUACUCUUCAAGUUUCUAUCAAAGGACCUUGUGAACACUGUAUUGACAGGCUACUUCUUUGUACUUGGGAUUGUUGCGCUUUCGGCAACAUUAUUACCGUUUAUUAAACGUUUUCUGCCAAAGCAUUGGAAUGAGGACGUCAUAGUCUGGCGAUUUCCAUAUUUCCGAUCUGUGGAGAUUGAGUUUACAAGGUCACAGGUCGUUGCUGGCAUCCCUGGGACAUUCUUUUGUGCUUGGUAUGCUUUGCGGAAGCAUUGGCUGGCAAAUAAUAUAUUGGGUCUUGCUUUCUGUAUUCAGGGAAUUGAAAUGCUUUCUCUUGGGUCUUUCAAGACUGGUGCUAUUCUCUUGGUAGGUGUUUUCUUUCUUUUGUAAUUAAUGGUGCUCAAAGCGUUUAUCUAAGAAGACAUGUAUACCAACAAUAAU